AUGAGCAGAAUAGACAAUUAUACAAAGUUUAAGAAGUUGGGUGAAGGUACCUAUGCCGUCGUAUAUUUAGGAAAACAAAAAACUACGGGCCGAGAAGUGGCUGUUAAAGAAAUCAAAACAGAAGGCUUCAAAGACGGCCUAGAUAUGUCUGCAAUCCGGGAAGUCAAAUAUUUACAAGAGCUGAAGCAUCCAAAUAUUAUUGAGCUAGUUGAUGUGUUUAGUGAUGAGAAGCAAAACCUGAAUUUAGUUCUAGAAGUUUUGCCUGGGGAUUUGGAGAAAGUUUUACGUGACAAAAGUAUAAUUAUUAGCCCCGUUGAUGUCAAACGUUGGCUGUUGAUGAUACUGCGAGGUGUAUAUCACUGCCAUAGAAAUGGAAUAUUACAUCGUGAUUUAAAACCAAAUAACUUGUUAAUGGAUCCUGAUGGGAAUAUCAAGAUUGCCGAUUUCGGUUUGGCUCGAAGUUUAGAUCAACCUACGGAAAGACUAACAUCCAAUGUGGUCACAAGGUGGUACAGGGCGCCAGAACUACUCUUUGGCGCAAGGCACUAUACUGGAGCUGUUGAUGUUUGGGCAGUUGGGACAAUUUUCGCAGAAAUGAUGUUGAGAAAUCCAUACUUACCAGGAUCAGAUGAUGCUAAUCAGUUGGUAAUCACUCUACAGGCACUCGGCACACCAACUGAGGAGACAUGGCCAGGGGUCACACAUCUACCUUUGUACAACAAUUUAACUAUUUACCCUGCCCCAAGUAGGGCGGAACUUCGUCGGAGGUUUGCUGCUGCAAGCGAAAAUGCUUUGAUACUUCUGGAAGGAAUGAUGAUUAUGAACCCCGUUAAAAGGUGGACAUGUGAACAAGCACUUCUUUCCAAUUAUUUCACAGAGGAACCGAUUCCUUAA